AUGGGCUCACCGAAUAUCCAGAAUGAGUCGAAUGACUUCAAUUCUGGGGGCCUCAUGCCUCUGGCUGUCGUGGGCAUGUCUUUCCGUUUCCCUCAGGAUGCCACCGAUGCGCCCUCGUUUUGGAAGAUGCUCAUGGAGCAACGUUGUGCAUCUACAGAAGUGCCCCCGGAGCGUUUCAACAUGGACGCCCAUUACCACCCAGACAGCAGCCGAAGGGAAACAUCCUCCGUUCGAAAAGGACAUUUCUUAUCCGGGGAUAUUGGUGCUUGGGAUGCACCUUUCUUCAACAUUACAGCCUCUGAGGCUGAUGCUAUGGACCCUGGUCAACGCUUGACUCUCGAGACUGCUUUCCAUGCGCUGGAAAGCGCUGGGAUACCCAUCCAGAUCAUAGCGGGGACUAAGACAUCUGUCUAGUAAGUCUUAUUUUCUACCCGUGACAUGAAGAGUUGGUAACUUACAAGGUGCGGUUAAUAUAGCUCCGCCACAUUCAUGCGUGACUAUGACUAUCUUCACAAUAAUGAUCCUGAUGAUCAACCCAAGUACUUGGGACUGGGCACCUCGCCAAAUAUGCUCUCAAAUAGAGUAAGCUGGUUCUUCGAUUUGAGAGGGCCAAGCGGCAGUGUCGAUACGGCAUGUUCCAGCAGUUUACUCGCUCUAGAUCUCGUAUGCCAGUCAAUAUGGAGUGGCGAUGCGAACAUGGGGCUUGCCUGUGGUAGCAAUAUCAUGCUUACUCCCUUCACAACCGUGUCUCUUGAUAAUCUCGGCCUAUUAGGCAAAGAUGGUCGCUGUUUCAGCUUUGACCACCGGGCGAACGGCUAUGCUCGAGGAGAAGGCGUGGCAGUGGUUGUCGUAAAGCCUCUCAAAGAUGCUCUUCGGGAUGGAGAUACUAUCAGAGCAGUGAUCAGAUCAUCCAGCUCUAACCAGGACGGAAAGACCCCAACUAUUACACAACCAAGUCGAGAGGCUCAGGAGAGAUUGAUUCUUGCGGCUCAUGCCAAGGCGGGCCUUGACCUCAGGGAAACAAGGUACUUCGAGGCCCACGGUACCGGUAAGAAGGAUUAUUCGAAGCCCAGAUAUAAGUGAGCUUUCCACUGACAAUUUUAGGUACCCCUGUGGGUGAUCCGAUUGAAACCAGAUCUAUCGGGGCUGCAUAUCGGAGGUUCCGAACCCCUGAAGAUCCCCUUUACGUGUAAGUAAACACCUUGAGUCAAGCCCUGAAGUUUCUAGCUGACUGAAGACUCUCAAGCGGCUCUGUGAAAUCAAAUAUUGGCCAUUUAGAAGGUGCAGCUGGACUUGCCGGUGUCAUGAAGGCAAUACUAGCUCUUGAAGCUGGAAUUAUCCCCCCACAGACCAACUUUGAGAAACUCAACCCAGCCAUCGAUGCCGAGUUUCUAAAUAUCAGAGUUAGUUGAACAAGCUCUCACCUGUAAAAUUUGUCAUUCUAACAAAGGAAAUCUUUAGAUUCCCACCAAGGCUGUUCCAUGGCCGACGAAAGGGCUUCGUCGUGCCUCUGUACAGUCAUUUGGGUUGGGAGGCUCUAACAGCCAUGUCAUUCUCGAUGACGCUCACAAUUUUCUUCAACAACGAGGGCUUUGGGGCCACCAUAACACAAUUCCCGCUCCCCCUGCCCUUGAAAGUACUUCAAUUGAUCGCGUCCCUAUAUCGCCUCACGGCAAUGGUAUUGUCAAUGGGGUCAACGGGGCAAAAGGUACGAGUGGAAUCAAGACCGUGAACGGCAACGGUAUUAUCAAUGGAGCUCUAAAUGGGAUUAAUGUUACAAAUGGUUACCAUACUUCAAAUGACACAAAUGGAAUAGAAUCAGACAAGGACUCGGAGAAAAAGCUGCUCGUUUGGUCGGCCACUGACCAAGAUGGUAUCGCCCGUCUAAAGAGCGUCUGGAGGGACUAUCUGGCCAACCUCCGACUCUGUCCUAAGGAAAAGUCACAAUUUAUCAGGAAUCUGGCAUACACACUGUCAAAUCGACGAACACAUUUCUCUCACAGAGCUUUUGCGGUGUUCGAUAUUUCCGACGGCCUCACUACGCUUAUUGGCAAAUUUUCUUCAGCUAUCCGAGGAAGCGCAACACCCAAACUUGCCUACAUAUUCUCAGGUGUAAGAAUACCCUGAAAUCCCCUUAAAGACACAUGACUGACAUCAUCAUUUGGGUCUCUAGCAAGGUAGCCAAUGGUUUGCGAUGGGACGGGAGCUGUUUCACCGAUAUCACAUAUAUCGAAAGUCUCUGCUUGACGCUUCGGUUUACUUGCAGGGACUUGAUUGUCCAUGGGACGCUGUGGGUGAGUUGAGCCUCUGUCCCUUUUUCCGGACUCUUAGAGACGAACCUAAUGUUUCAUUAGAUGAACUUAUGAGAGGCGAAAAUGACACGAAUGUGAAUGAUGCCGAAUACAGUCAGCCGCUCUGUACAAUCAUACAAAUAGCUCUAGUAGAUCUGCUAAACAGCUUCGGCCUCCGCCCUGCGAAAGUUGUCGGACACUCGUCAGGUGAAAUUGCAGCAGCGUAAGGUCAAUUGCGCUCCUUCGAAAACAAAUUGAACUAAUAUCAUUUCGGACAGAUACUGCGCAGGGGCUCUAUCGAGGCAUUCAGCAUGGAAGAUUGCCUAUCUUCGCGGGCUGCUGGCAGCACGGCUUACUUCGACCUCGCCGGACAACACAAACAAUGUCAAAGGCUCUAUGAUGGCACUUGGUUUACCCGCAGCUGAAGCCAACAAAUAUCUGGAACGAGUUGCUGAUCAGUUGGGGUCCAAGCGGCUUGUCGUUGCUUGCAUCAACAGCCCGUUGAAUGUGACAAUCUCAGGCGAGGAAUCACACAUCGAUCAUCUCAAAACGCUCCUUGAUGCGGCCUCAAGUGGGAUAUUUGCAAGGAAGCUGAAGGUCAGCGUCGCCUACCAUUCCUUUCAAAUGCUGGAGGUGGCAGACGAGUACGUGGCUCGAAUCGGACAGCUUCGCCCUCCGCCAGCCAGUUCAACAUCAGCGCCUCUCAUGGCUUCUUCCGUAACCGGGACAUGGAUUCUCCCAGAUGAAUUGCUGAAAGCAGAGUAUUGGGCUAGAAAUAUGGUAUCUCCAGUGCUUUUCUCAGACGCUCUCGCCACAAUAUGCGCUUCAACUACCACGGGAAAAGCCAGUUCAGCAACCACCAAACUAGACCGCAGCCAUUUGAGAACAAUACCGAUCACAGAGAUCGUGGAAGUUGGACCACAUUCAGUAUUACAGGGUCCUUCGAGAGAGAUACUUCGCUCCAUUGGUAAAGAAGGUAGUGUGCAGUAUGCUUCCGCAUUAAUCAGGAACAAGUCUGCCACAACCACCAUUCUAGAACUUGCCGGCCGUCUCCAUUGCUUGGGAUACCAACUAGAUCUUGAACAAGUCAAUAGCAGCACUUCAGAAGUCAAGGCAUCAGUACCUCUCAAGGCGUUAUCAACCUUACCUGCAUACCCUUUCAAUCACUCGAGGGUGUACUGGGCAGAGAGCAGAAUAAGCAAGGCCUUCCGUUUCCGCAAAUUCAAGAGACAUGAUUUAUUGGGUGCUCAGUCAUUCGAUUGGAACUCCCUUGAGGCUAAAUGGCGUCACACUAUAAGGAUAUCGGAUCUGCCAUGGGUUGAACACCACAAAAUCAAUGGAACAGUUCUGUAUCCGGCAUCCGGCAUGCUUGUCAUGGCCGUCGAGGCAGCUCGCCAGAUGGCUGAUUCAACACGACCACUAUCGGGGUUUGUGUUUCACGAUACCUCCUUUCAUUCAGCAUUAGUCAUUCCAAAUGGCGCCGAUGGUAUCGAGGUCAACCUUCAUAUGCGGCCUCGCAAGAAUAGUAGCGAGAAAGAUGCAGGCUGCUUCGAUUUCUCGCUGUAUGAACGUGAAGAAUCUAGUCAGAGUGGCUGGAAAGAGAACUGCAAUGGCUCCAUCCAAUUAACUUACACAGAUACAGAAAGCAGCACCAACGGCGAAAACGACCACCUAGGGGUAAAGAAGGAAGAUGUUGCCUGGGAACAGUCCCGUCUGACCCGGAUUCAGGAGAUUCGGGGGAGCUGCACGGAGGCCGUCGAGCCAGAUAAGCUGUAUGAGAAGCUUCUGUCGAGUGGGUAUAACUACGGCCCUUCAUUUCAAGGCAUCACAAGCAUGAGCUAUGAUGGCAAGGAUUCGUCCGUAGCCACGGUAAAAACAUACCGAUGGUCAGACUAUUUUGAAGGACCGGAUCCUGGUGCUGAGCAUGUUGUGCACCCAACGACCCUCGACACGAUCCUUCACACUAUGCUUGCCAGUCUCACUCAUGGAGGUACAGAAGAAAUCUCAACAACCAUCCCUACUUUUGUUGAACACAUGUGGAUCUCAGCCAGUCAUGGACUCAGUUCCCCAGGGGCAGAUGCGGUUAAGGUUGUUACGACUGGGCAGAAAUACGGUCGCCGGGAUGCUCGAUCCUCGCUGACUGUGACGGCCUCUGAUGGACAGACCGUCUUGAUUGACGUUGAUAACUUCCAAACAACUGUUGUUGCAAGUGAUGGGGGCCAAAGCAACGAAAUCGGACAAACUUUCAAGCCAGGCUAUACACUGGAUUGGAAGCCUGAUUUGACCCUUCUUUCCCCAACAGAGCUCCAGGAAUUUUCUGAUGAGUCGAACCGUGAUGUGGUCCAACCUUCGAAGGCCUCAAAGCAAGAACUCGUCACAUAUCUUACUGCUUCCAUCCACCGGACACUCAAGCUGCUGGAAGGUCAUCAGUCAGAGACAGAUUCCAAUUACAUCAAUUGGAUGCGUCAACAAAUCAAAAAGUUAAAAAAUCCCGCUCUGACACAACUCGACGAUGCAACAUUCGAACAGAUGGCGAGCAAUAUCAAGAGUCAAGGCCCACAAGGCAGAAUUCUUGCAGCCAUUGCAAGAGACCAAGCCUCCUUCCUCAAAGACGGCGUAAAUUCCCCUUCACUAGUCGGCCUUGUUGAAGAAUAUAUCGACAAUGCUGUAAGUAAAAAGUCCAUCAUCUUGAUGUGUAUGCUUGAGAACAAAAAUCUGACAAGUUUCAAGCUUCAAGCACCUUUCUAUGACAAAUUGUACACUCUUCUUGAUUGCAUGGCACAUAAGAAAUUAAAUCUUCGUAUUCUAGAAUUAGGUACAGGCAGCCUAUCUCUGACGCAUCGAAUUCUGACGACGCUCAACACCCGAGGCAAUGGAACCGAAUCAACUGCAAUGCCACGUUUCGCAUCCUAUGAAUACACCACCGAAUCACACGAGACUACUAACGCUUCAAAGUCAAAUUUCAAAGGACCAAGCGCCAAAGUCAGCUUUAAAGUACUGAAUAUUGAUCAAGACCCGGAAAACCAAGGGUUCGAAGUGGGAAGCUAUGACAUUAUCCUGGCUUCUGGCGUGAGUCAUUCCAACAGUCCUCAACAAUUCGUCCGCUAAAAAUCUGUUAGGGAUUUAAAAACAUCCUAGAUGCUCCCAAUUCAGUUAAAAAUGCUCGAAAGUUAUUAAAGUCGUAAGUGUAUAUACAAAUGGAAAUUCUCAGGGGCACGCUUCUCACAUAUGUUCCAGUGGUGGAAAGCUCAUUGCUAUCGAGGCCCCGAGGCACGACGAAGCGCUUCUCGCAAAUUUUGUAUUCGGUCUAAGCAACGACUCGUGGUUGUGUAAGUCUCACUAAUGGUAUUGGCUUUCAUUGGCCAUUUGAAUAACCAUCAAUAUUGACUACCGUAGGUCCCGAGAAGUGCACAUCCGUACUCGCUGAUCGCGCUGAGGUACUCAGGUCAUCGAAGUUUUCUGGUCUAGAUGUCAUCCUGCGCGAUUCGCACGAUCCAGCACUCCAGAACUUUUCUAUCGUGACGGCUACUGCAGUGGAAGACAAUGAUGUCUUGAACAGUCACAGAAUAGAAAAGCCGAAUGACAGUCGUCUUAUUAUUAUCCACCAUGAUGAUGAUACCAAACAAGAGAACAUUGCGCGGCAGAUCCAAGGCUUGAUAAGCAACUCACACAACACCAGCUUUGCUGAUAUACAAGUGAAAUCGUUGGCAUCCGCAGUCGAACUGUCUCCUUUUGGCCAAGACACAAUGAUUGUCUUCCUUCUCGAGCUUGGAGCGCCUGUGUGGUACACGAUGGACGAGGAACUCUACAACAAGCUCCAAAGGCUCCUUGUUUCGAACAUCAAUUCCAAGAUGCUCUGGGUGGGUCAAAACGGUUCUGCAGGAGGCGGCGAUGGACCUGAAGUGAAUAAAUCAGCUUAUCGACUCAUUGAUGGCCUCUCGCGCGCACUCAACUCGGAGAACGACGGUGAGAUAUUGAGUCUGCUGAGUCUUCAACAAGAGGGAAGUCUUUCCGCCAGACAAAUGAGCUAUAUCCUUGCGGUAAUACGAAAAGUUCACUCUCAAUCGGAUGAGUUCCCGGACACUGAAUGGGUUGAGAAGAAUGGCCGGCUGUGCGUGCCAAGAAUGGUACAGUCGCCGUCGCUCAAGGACAAAGUUUCCUCUCGACUGAUCCCACAGCAUGAGAUCCAGCAGGCCUGGAAGGAAGGCAAGGGGUCUGAUGAUAGGGUGCCGCUGAAACUGGCAUUCGGAACUCCUGGUUUGCUCAACACUCUCCAUUUUGUGGAGGACAAAGAGUACUCAACCACACAACUUGGGGAGGGCGAGUUGGAAAUUGAGGUCAAAGCCGUUGGGGUCAACUACAGAGACGUUCUAUCCGCUCUCGGGAGAUUGAAGAAUGCUCAGGUUGGCUGCGAGUGUGCCGGAAUCGUAACACAAGUUGGUUCCGGGGUAGUUGGCUACCAAGUUGGAGAUCGCAUUGCUGCCAUCUCUCCCAUUGAUUGUUACCGGACAUAUCUUCGUGUUGACCAUCGCUUCACUGCCCGCAUACCCGAUUCAAUGCCAUUAACCAUAGCAGCGGCCAUGAUUAUCAACCACCUGACCGCUUGGUGGACUCUCCAUGAACUUGCGCAUCUUGCUCCUAAUGAGACUGUACUUGUCCAUAGCGGCGCGGGCGGCACAGGUCAGGCUGCAGUGCAGGUGGCACAACACAUUGGGGCUCAGGUUCUAGCAACCGUGGGUACUCAAGAAAAGAAAGCACUCUUAAAGGAACAAUACGGGAUAGAUUCCGACCACAUCUUUAGCAGCAGGGUGGCCUCCGCCUUUUCUCGCGGGGUUCAGCGGACGACAAACGACCAGGGCGUCGACGUGAUACUCAGCGCUCUAAGCGGGGAAGGGUUCCUUUCAUCGUGGGAAUGCCUGGCACCGUUUGGCCGGUUCAUGGAAAUAGGCAAACGUAACAUCCAUGAGCGCAAGAGUCUACCCAUGGCGCGCUUUGACACUGGAGUCUCCUUCCACGCCUUUGACAUCGGGGUUGUUUGCAGGUCGAGACCCAGCACCGUUCGGCCAAUGCUGGAGCAGCUUUUCGACUUACAUGAGAAAGGGGUGUUGCGGCCAGCUUUCCCGUUGCAAGUCUAUGGCGUGUCAGACCUAGAAAAGGUCCUCCGAGUGAUGCAGCGAGGCGACAAUAUGGGUAAAAUUGUGAUUGAGAUGCGGCCCGAAGACAAAGUGAAGGCCGUGUUAGAUAGGAAGCCCACAACCUCACUUAGGACGGAUGCAACCUAUAUGGUAGCUGGCGGUCUGGGAGGGCUCGGAAGGAGUAUGACCGCAUGGCUUGUCGACCGCGGUGCCCGUCACCUUAUUCUGCUGGCCAGAUCAGGGCCACGGACGCAAGAGGCUCGCGAUUUCGUCGAAGGUCUGACUCUUAGGGGUGUCCAAGUCACCACUCCGCCGUGCGAUAUUAGCGACGCCGAUGCCCUCCGAUCAGUUCUGGACGACUGCUCAUCUACUAUGCCACCUAUCCGUGGCGCCAUUCAGGCGACGGGACUUCUCCGCGAUGCUAUCUUUGAGAGAAUGUCGUAUGAAACAUGGCAGGCCGCCGCCGCGCCAAAGACAUUGGGAUCCUGGAACAUGCACUCUCUCCUUCCAACCAACCUGGACUUCUUCAUCGGUAUAUCAUCAGUAGCUGGUGUAGCAGGUGGUCGGGGUCAAGCAAACUACGCCGCUGCAAAUACCUACAUCGAUGCACUCAUGAAGUACCGUGUCGAUCAAGGGCUACACGGGGUAGCCCUUGACCUGGGGGUAUUCCUCGACAUUGGCUUUGCGACUGAGAAUGCCGAUCUUUGGGCACGCUGGGAGGCGCAACGGGCACUGACAGUAACUGAGGCCGAUCUGUUCGCCCUUCUGGACUGCUGCUGCUCCGAGAAGAUACCUACUCAAGUGGUAUACGGAAUUAAUAGCUUUGUUCAAGAUCCAUCCAUUAGGCACCAAUUCUUCCGCAAAGCAAUGCUUCGAACACUUGCGCUGGAGGACGAAGAGGAAAGCGGCAAUUCAGGGGGAUCAGCCAAACAGGUUGCCCAGGACGUAGACUUUGGUUCCGUUUUUGCACAGGCGAUCACUUUGGAUGAUGCAGCGGGUGCCGUCAAUGAAGCACUUUUGCGGAAGCUAUCUACGAUGCUCGCACUGCCUCGAGAGCAGCUAGACCCAGAUACGCCACUACAUACAUAUGGUGUGGACUCUCUUGUCGCCGUCGAAUUGAGAAACUGGUUCGCGAAGGAGGUCCAUGCUGAUCUGGCUAUUUUCGACAUCCUAGGCGGAGCUACAACUCGCUCAGCAAGCACAUUGGCUGCGGUGA